GCUUUCCAUUUGAAAUGUGCGGCGUGUUUGUUUGCAGUGGUGAAGUGAAAUAAAGUCAGCUGGGUCCAGGAUGUUGCAUGCGGAGGACGGUGCAAGACUGGAGUGUAGUGUUGCAGUAGAGCGUGUGAGCGGAGCAUCAGCAAGUCAUGCGGUACAGCGCCGAGUUCUUCGCCGUGCUACGGUCACUCUGGGCCGAAACGAGUUCCAAGAGCUGGUGCUGCGUGUUCAGGACCUCCGUGGGGGACCCCAUGAGAACUUUGCUUUACGUAAUGACUUCCGGCUCUUCACACGGUUUGUUAAGGACGGCAAGUGCACGGUGAGCUUCCCACAGAACAACAUGCAGCUCUUAAUCUCUGACUGUCCACCUGACCGCCUGAAGACCUUCCUGAAGAUCCUGAGUAUAAAGCAUGAAGCCUUACGGGGCAGUAACCCUGUCAGCGAAAGGGCCCGGUUGCGGGCGGGUGUCCCGAGAAGCUUUGAGAUCAUCAGCCCUGUGCAGCAGAAAGACAUCCAGAAAGCUAACGAGUUAAGGAGCAAAGUGAACGCCCCGGUGCAGGUCAAGGCACUGAUGGAGAGGGCUGUGAACAGAACAGACGGCCGACAGCAGGUCAAACGACCUCGGACAGAUGGAGACACCAGCCUGGUUAAAGCUCUACAUCAUCAAAAGAAGCCCCUCAUGUUGCCAGUUGCACAAAAACUCAGCAAAGAACAGAUGGCGGUUCUGGAGGCAGUACUGCGCGGGAAGAAUGUGUUUUUCACAGGAAGUGCAGGUACGGGGAAGUCGUUCCUGUUGAAAAGGAUUGUGGGAUCGCUGCCUCCUAAAAGCACGUACGCCACAGCAAGCACCGGUGUAGCUGCCUGUCAUAUAGGAGGGACGACAUUACACAGUUUUGCAGGUAUUGGCUCGGGUUCGGCUCCUCUGGAUCAGUGUCUGGAGCUCGCACAGCGGCCCGGAGUCCUGCAGCACUGGACCAGCUGUAAACACCUCAUCAUCGACGAGAUCUCCAUGGUGGAGGCAGAGUUCUUCGAUAAGCUCGAGUCCAUCGCCAGGUCCGUUAGAAGAUCCACUGAACCUUUCGGAGGAAUUCAGCUGAUUGUGUGCGGAGAUUUUCUGCAGCUUCCUCCCGUCAGUAAAGGAAAAGAGAAGGCCAGCUUCUGCUUCCAGGCGAGGAGCUGGAGGAAGUGCAUCCACGUGAACAUGGAGCUGACGGAGGUGCGCAGGCAGACGGAUCGCACCUUCAUCUCGCUGCUGCAGGCCAUCAGACUGGGCAGAGUCACUGAGGAAGUGACGGCCCAGCUCCUGAAGAGCGCCAUGAACCCCAUCGAGCGGGACGGUAUCGUAGCGACCAGGCUGUGCACACACAAGGACGACGUGGAGCUCACUAACGAGAACAAACUCAAGCAGCUGCCAGGGCCCUUGCAUGUGUUCGAGGCUGUGGAUAGCGACCCGAUGUUGGUUAAAACCAUCGACGCACAAAGUCCAGUGGGUCACAUGUUACAGCUCAAAGUGGGAGCUCAGGUUAUGCUGACCAAGAACCUGGAUGUCCAGAGAGGGCUGGUGAACGGUGCGAGAGGAGUUGUGGUUGACUUCCUACCAGGAAAUCAAGGCCUCCCGAGAGUGCGCUUCCUGUGUGGUGCUGUGGAAGUGAUGAAGCGUGAGCGCUGGACGUUUAAGGCGGUGGGAGGCGUGUACCUGAGCCGACAGCAGCUCCCGUUAAAGCUAGCCUGGGCCAUCUCCAUCCACAAGAGUCAAGGCAUGACUCUGGACUGUGUGGAGAUCUCUCUGGCCCGUGUGUUUGAGAGCGGACAGGCUUACGUAGCCCUGUCUCGAGCCCGCAGUCUGGAGGGGCUUCGUGUCAUGGACUUCGACCCACGAGUUGUCCAGGCGAACCCGGAUGUUCUGAUGUUCUACAAGAAGCUGAAAAGGGACAGACUCCUCCUGCAGUCCUCCAUGAAUGACUUUGUUGGGAAACACAACCAGGAGAAUGAAGCUUGGUGAUGGAAUCUGCACAUCAUGACUCUGCGCACUGUGUGUACGACUCGACUGAUCUGCCACUUUAAUUAAUCAUGAUUUCAGUUUGACAUCAUGGUGCUGCUGUGAAAUGUUAUAUUCUACAUGUAAUUUGUGUUGGAAGGAGUGUGUGCAUUUUAGUUUAGUUCUGAUUUUGUAUUAGAUUUUAAAUUUUUUUUUAAGAAGCAGUGUUUUUGUCCAGUUAUUUUUACAUGUGAGAUUUUGAUCCUCAGAGUGAAGUCUCAGUUUUUCAGUAAACGGAUCCUUGUUCUUUUGUGGGUUUUGUAUGUAAACCAUAAUUUACUUAGUAUUAUAUUUAUUUAAAAAUCUUUCUGGUGAAACAGAAACUAGUUCUAGAAGAUAUAUUGGCAAUAUAAAAGUUACCAAAUGAAAGCAACUUAAGCCAACUCUGCUCAUGUGGCGUUGACUCUUGACUCUGCUGUCACCUUGUGGUCGCUCUUAGAACUGCAAGUAUCUUCAGAGUGCAGAUUUGAAUUAAGUGUUCAAACUUGUUUUUUAAACUGGAAUAAUGAUCCAUAAAAAAAGCUAAAAGGUAUUGAAAACAGAAUCGGUCACUGUUAAUGCAUAUGGUUAAUAUUUUACUUUUUAUUUCCAGGUACACAAUGACUCGAAUGUCAAACACAGGAGAGGAUUUGUGUAAAAGGAACUUGGUGGGCUAAUGGAGUAAAUAGUGUGAUAAUUUUUUUUUUUUUAUAUAUAAAAAAAGCAUUGUCCUUUUUUUUUUUUUUUUUAUUCAUACUUGCAUGUACAAGGAGCUGUUAUCAUGAAUAAAGCUGCUCCCUAAUUAAACAGUGAGGUAACAUGUAGUGUAGCUCAUUUUAAUAAACUGAAGAGCUUUUGUGCAACCUGAAAAACAAAAAAAGAUCAU